AGACGAGAAGUCAAGGUCUGCGCGGUAACUUUGGUUGAGAUGGUGAAACCAAAGUACAGACGCCAUGGGUUCGUCUCGAAAAAGCAGAAGGAGAGAUAUGAUAAAGUAUCUGCAGGGCAAUUGACUCGAUGGAUUAGGGGAGCUAUCCUUACAGACCACAAUUACUCCGCCAGUGCAACCCCUGUCAGCGUUGAUCACGAUCACGAAUUGCCAAAUUUGAAUAUACUGGAAAGAGAGGAGGUGGUUGAUGGGGAAGAAGUGACUACAUCUGAGGAUUGGAAGGAGGGGAGGAGAGUAGUAGAACUUGGAGUGUUAGCUGAGGGCUUGCGGGGAUGUUGUAAAUGUGGCUUACCAUUACAACUUUCACACACUAUUUCUGUGUUGACAUAUGGUUUAGCUUCUUUGUUAAAGAAUUCAAAGUAUUUCUACAAAAGAAACAAGGGAAGGCAUCAGUUAUUUAACAGGAUGUGAUCUCCAGCAGGCCUCUGACAUCGUUGAAAUUCCAGCUCCAAAAACAAUUCCAAAGUAUGAUCAUCUCCCUUCAAGUCAGCUGUUAAAUGCUGAAGAGAUCUAUUUUGAUUUGGAAACUACUGGACUCGCAAGGGAUUCUCAUAUUGUGCAGUUGUCUGCAGUUAGAAAUGAUGAGGUUUUCAACAAAUACAUCAUUCCAGAAAAACCAAUGUCCUCAAAAGCUACAGAAAUUACUGGAAUAAAAGUAGUCAACAAUAAAAUGUACCACAAUGAUGAGGAAGUUGAGACAGUCAGCAUUAAGGAUGCACUGAUCCAGUUUAUCGACUUCAUAAAGAAAUCGGAGUCAGAUGCUGUUCUAGUUGGACACAACUCCAAAGUGUUUGACCUUCCUGUGCUGUUCAACAUUUUGAGUAAAUUAAACAUUUUGGAGGCAUUCUCAUCUGCAGUCAUUGGUUUCAUUGAUACCUUACCUCUUUUCAAAAUUUCGCAUCCAAACUUUUCAUCAUACUCACAGUUACACCUCUUCGAAGAAAUUCUACAAGACAAAUACAGUGCGCAUGACUCAUUACAGGAUGUCUUAGCCUUGAAGAGAUUGUUGGACCAUACAGGACCUUCCCCUGAAGUCAAACUUGCUGCAUCUUUCACUUCAAACUCUGCCUUUGCCAUAUUCCAUCACAAGAACACAACAAAAAGUCUAAUGAGCACACUAAAGCCUUUAUUGGACCAAAAGGUGAUUUCGAAUGGAAUGGGAAAUAAGAUUG